AUGUCGUCGGCGCCUUCUAUCCCCGGGAAACGGGGCUAUUUGCCUCAGGCGUGCGAAACUGGGGGGGAUUUUUGGGGAUUGUUGACGCAAGUGUCAGCACCAGGUUGCCUGCUGGUCAUGAUGGCCAGUCUGGGAGCUUUGCUGGUGUUAAGCGCCUACUUUGUUGCUCAGGGCAUUCUCAGCCGCACAAGGAGGUGCGAGAAGGAUCCAAAAGAAAGGAGGCCUCAGGCGGUUCCUGUUUACACCUGCGGCGUUCCUUUGUUCGGGCCGGCGCUGAGGUUCCUAUUUGCGCCAGACAAAGUGUUGCGGGACGCGAAUUCAAAGCACAAGUCUGCUUUUGCGCUGCUGCUCCCUUUCAAGAGCCGGCUCAUCUUCAUAACAGGACCACAAGCGACCAGGUGGUUCUUCAACGCGGCUGGCGCCCAUGGCUCGACUUCCAGGGACCACGACCUAGACCUCGCAGACGCGAUUGCGGACCUGAUCCCUCCGUACAUGUUUGGCACAAAAGUGAUGGAUCAUGCGCCUUACAGCAAGUACGUUGCGCAUGGACUUGGGAUGCACGCAAGGCUCCGCGCUUAUGUUGCCGCACUAGGAGGCCACGUGGACCGCCGCCUCGCAUCCUGGGCUCAGGCUGACGUCAUCGACCUCUUCCGCGAGUCCUCUCGCCUGGUGAUGUCCCUGAUGAUCAGGCUCGUUUUCGGGGAAGACGUCGAAGCGCGCUUCCCGGAACUAGGGGACCUUUACUUCGAUUUCGAUACUUUGGCCACCAAUCCGGCGGUCAUGCUGGUGCCGUGGUGCGUCAGCCCUCUCGGCCGACGUUUCCAACAUGCGAGGGAUCAGAUUGAGGCCAUCAUAACGACUGUGGUAACGGAGCGGCUGGCGGAACGGAACGGAAAAGAGCGGAAGGCGGAACGGAUGGACGUCCUCCAAUACCUCAUUGAGGCUCGAGCCGAGCAGAGGGAUCCGGAGCCACUCGUCAAAGUGCUGAUGAUAGUCCUCUUUGCUGGCCACGCCAACACGGUUGGAAACCUGAGUUGGACGAUUGCCAACGUGGUUGCGAACGACGAUUUGAAGCGAGAGGUAUGCGCAGAAGUGCGGUCGCCGGGCCAUCCGUUUAACCGGACGGCGGCCGCCGGUGGCGACCUCGUGGCGGCCGGCCUGUCGACCGCCGAGAACAGAAAUGAGCUGUCGCUCCUGGAGAAGUGCAUGCGGGAGGUGAAUCGAUUCUACAGUACGUUGUACUUGGUCAGAAAGGUACGAAAAGCGUGUUGCAUCGAAGGGCACUCCCUGCCCAAAGGCGCCAUCGUGGCCGUCAGUCCGUUACUCACCCACUUCGACGAGGCCACAUUUGAAGCCCCCAACACGUUCAACCCGCACCGCUUCACGAAGUCAAAGCUUGAGACGCUCAUAGCAGAUGGCACUUACAUAGCGUUUGGGAGGGGCAGGCACCAGUGUCCAGGGAAGCGUCUCGUUCACACUGUCCUGCACCUGAUUUGGGCAACUUUAUUCAGAGAGUAUGACGUCAAAAUGGAGAAUGAAACGGUACCCGGGCCAAACUACGUGGGCGCAAUUGGGGCGCCGACGCCUAGUCAAGUCAUACGGUUGGUCGUGCGCAAGCGGAGUGAGUCCCAUUAG